GUGGGAGGCGCCCGCCGCAUCGCGUUCCGGCGAUUUCGGGCGCCCAAAGGGGCGCCAGAAGAAAACGCUCGCAAAGCCAGAACACCGAGGCCCCGUGGCGCGGCCGCGACUUUCUACUUCAUGGCACGGCAAUUCUAUCGCAGGAGAAGCCUGAUGAACAUUGCGUAUUCACUUCGCCGCGUUUGCUAUUUACACAUGUCGCGCGCUGCUCCUUUCGUUACUUAUGAAUGUUCCCUGCGCCAGACAAGACACAUGAUCGAAUACUCCUGGAUAGAUAUGGAGGCACACACAUAUCCUCCUGGAUCCAGAUGGCUGUUCCAUAAUUAUAAUCGAUAAAUCAUAGUAGAGAUAGAGUUAGAGGCCACCGUUGACCACCACCCACUGCCAGCCAGUCAGUGAAACAAGAUUUGAAUUUGAUCGAAGUUGAAAACUGAAGUCAAGGAGUAGAGCAGCUUGUCUUGAUGUUACAAUGCAGAACAAAGACCACCUCCACCUCCAAGGAAUGCACAGAUCUUUAACAAUACAUAGCGUCCAUCUCCACUAGCAUGUCGGAAAGGAGGAGGCGAGCAAGCAAAAACGUAUUACGGUAGGAGCGAUGCCGGUGCUCAAAAGCAAAAUAAAAAUCAAAAUGAUAUUCAGCAUUUUUCGAAUUUUUAUUUUUCCGCGUUUUUUCGCAGUUGCCAAUGCCAUCGAUCUGAUUUUCUUUUUAUUUCCCACAAUUGUUCUGUGUGCAGCGAACAAAGCGGCCACUCAUGUUUGUCGGCCGAGUGUUGUCGAUAAAACGUUAACUUCAUCUGAUCGCGAAGCUCGCUAACUUACUUUCAUAAAGAUCAUUUUUUCGAUGAACGCGGCAAGUUUCGCAUAAUCAGUGCAAGCUGCUUCAGGUGCCGCAUCUCUUGAAGCGCAUUUUGUAUGGUACAGUAGCAGCAAGAAACAAAAGCUCCGUCCUUUCCUUGCGGCAUCUGAAAGUAAGAAGGCGACUCCCUCCGGAUAGAACGGACUCGGUCUUUCGACGACCUUU